UUUCUCUGUGGUGCCGGGUGCACGACAUCCGCUGCCGGUUUACGGCAUCCUGCAUCAGAGGGUGGGAGUGGUGGAAGAAGGAGAAGAAGAAGAAGUUGCCAGCAUGGCGUUUACCCUGUACUCCCUCAUCCAGACAGCUAUUUUAUGCACAAAUGCAGUCGCCGUCUUGCAUGAGGAGAGGUUUCUCAGCAAGAUCGGCUGGGGUGUGGAUCAGGGAAUUGGAGGUUUUGGUGACGAUCCAGGAAUUAAAGCCCAGAUUCUCAAUUUAAUCCGCUCUGUUCGGACCGUCAUGAGAGUGCCUUUAAUAAUCGUGAAUUCAGCGUGCAUCGUCCUGCUGCUGCUGUUUGGUUGACACCGAGUCCCGAUCUCACUGUGCACCAACAGGGACACGUGCCAUGGAACAACCACACACACACACACACACACACACACACACACACACACACACACACACACACACACAUAAGUCAUAUACACAGAAAAUACACACAACAGGGACUGAUCCAUCUGUCUGUUAGCCCGUUGGACUUUUAUUCCUCCCAGCCGAUGGAAGAUGGAAACUUUUCAUCCACUGACCUCAACAUGGAAAAAAAAAAAAAUCAGCUUCUGAACAGUGAACUCUCACAUGCAGACGUGGCUUAUGAACAAAACAUUUCACCAACCACAUUUAAAAACCCGGCCGGUGCUGAUUUCCCACCUGAGUCACAGCAAAAGGACAAAAUCAUGUUUUUAUUCCUGACUUUGCACCAGGAGUUUCUCCAGAAGUUGUUUUGUGCUGCACAGAUUGUGUUUGUCUUAGCUUCCCCGACGUUUUGCUGCAGACACACGGAAGGGAAUGUGUUUUCUUAUGAUGUGUGUCAUAUCAGAUUUUUUUAUAAACCCUCUUACUCAUGCACCUCCUAAAAAAACACUCCAUUAGCACAGAAGUGUUAAUAGUGUUAAUACACAGGUGUGUCUUUGUAUGAUGCACCUGUAUGACUUUAUUUUCUUGGCUCGCUCUGUUGUCUGUCUCGUCUCUUCAUAGAAAGUUUGAAGAUAAACUUA